AUGUCUUACCAACCACUUAACUGCCUGACUGAAAAGGGGGACAGUCCAAAUGAAGCCACAGAAAAUGGCCCCCCCAAUCUGCCUCACCCAAACCUGAACACGUUUACGCCAGAGGAGCUGCUACAGCAGAUGAAAGAGCUUCUGACUGAGAACCAUCAGCUGAAAGAAGCCAUGAAGCUAAAUAACCAAGCUAUGAAAGGGCGAUUUCAGGAGCUCUCAGCCUGGACAGAGAAACAGAAGGAGGAACGCCAUUUUUUUGAGAUCCAGAGCAAAGAAGCCAAAGAGCGUCUAAUGGCUCUGAGUCAGGAAAAUGAAAAAUUAAAGGAAGAACUUAGAAAACUAAAAGGGAAAGCAGAAAAGUCAUUAGAGGACCCCACUGGGGACCACAAGGUCCCCGAGGCAGAACAGGAAGUGGAACAGCUGAAGACCCAAGUGGCACGACUUCAAGCUGAAAAGGCCGAUCUGCUGGGCAUUGUGUCUGAAUUACAAGUCAGGCUGAGCUCCGGAGGCCCCUCGGAAGACUCCUUUGUUGAAAUAAGGAUGGCUGAAGGAGAAGCACAUGUGGCAGUGAAAGAUAUCAAGACAAGAAUUGACUCCAUUGACACGAGCAGAUCUGCAGAAGGUGCCAGGAGUUGUUUGGAAUCUGAGGAAUUAACUGUGCGCCAGCUCCUGUUUUGCCUGAGGGAAGAGACCGAGAAUGUGGAAAGGCUUGAAAAGGCACUGAAAGAAGCCAAAGGAAGAAUUUCAGAUUUUGAAAAGAAAGCCAAUAAUCGUUCUGAGAUAGAGACUCAGACAGAGGAGAACACAGAAAAAGAGGAUGAAGAGGAGAAAGACACAGAAACUGUUGGAAGUGAAGUGGAAGCCUUGAACCUUCAGGUGACAAACCUGUUUAAGGAGCUUCAGGAGGCUCAUAUGAAACUCAGUGAAGCUGAGCUAAUGAAGAAGAGACUUCAAGAAAAAUGUCAGGCCCUUGAAAGGAAAAAUUCUGCAACCCCAUCAGAGCUGAAUGAAAAACAAGAGCUUGUUUAUAAUAACAAAAUGUUAGAGCUACAAGUGGAAAGCAUGCGAUCAGAAAUCAAAAUGGAGCAAGCAAAAACAGAAGAGGAAAAGUCCAAAUUAGCCACAUUGCAGCUGACAUACAACAAACUUCUUCAAGAAUUCAGUAAUGCAUUGAAAACAGUUGAAGAAUUAAAACGGAAAGAGUCAGAAAAAGUAGAUAAGGAGGUGCUGCAGGAGCUAAAUGAAAAGUUCGAACUGGCAGAGAAGGCGCUGGCUUCCAAGCAAUUGCAAAUGGAUGAGAUGAAGCAGACCAUCGCCAAGCAGGAGGAAGAUCUGGAAACCAUGACCGUUCUGAGGGCGCAGAUGGAGGUUUACUGCUCAGACUUUCAUGCUGAAAGAGCAGCAAGAGAGAAGAUGCAUGAAGAAAAGGAGCAACUGGCAUUGCAGCUGGCAAUUUUGCUCAAAGACAGUAGUGAUGUUUUUGAAGAUGGAGGCAGUAGGCAGUCCUUGAUGGAAAUGCAGAGCCGUCAUGGAGCCAGAACCAGUGACCCUGACCAACAGGACUACCUCGUUCAAAGAGGAGCUGAUGAUCGGAACUGGCAGCAACAGCAGCAGCAAAAUAUACCAAUUCAUUCUUGCCCCAAAUGUGGAGAAGUCCUGCCUGACAUAGAUACAUUGCAAAUUCAUGUCAUGGACUGCAUCAUCUAA